AGAAGCAAAUGAGACACUUUAAGAACUUGUACUUCCAACAAACCAAGGCAGAAGUAAGUCACAAGCAAGGAUCAUGCCAAACAAGACCUGCUGGAGCAGUAUUCUGAAAGCACACAAUGGGAAGAAGAUUCCCUUAUGGAAAAUUCACUGAAGACUUCUAUCAUCCCUGUCUGAGGUGACCUGGAUGUAAGCACCCUGAAAUCUCAAAAGGCCUUUAAAAUAUGCAGUUAUUGUCUCCUGCAAAUAAGAACUAUCCUUCCAAGCAAUCUGAAGGCAAGUACAGUAGUGGAGACUGCACACCAUGAUUAUUACCACUGUAUUAAUCAUAUGCCUGGGAAGAAUAAACUCUGCUGAAAGGAAGGAAAAAGUACCCAAGUAUCCCAUCUCAGUGGCCUUCUGGAUUAAUGAUUUCUUUCUUUUUAGAGCCCGUGUUUCUACCUCUACCCUGCAGGCCCUGGGUGCUUAUUUACAAAAUAGACUUUUUUAUUAUUUUCUAUGCCAUAUGUUAUGAUCCAUCUUUAUGUGUAUUGCAAAAGCCUACUCUUUGCAGGUAUACCUUGAAAUACAGGAAUGAAACAGUUCACUUGUUCAAGUAUGUUAUAACCUACACAGAAAGAAGUACAACAUUUAUGUGCAGCCAGCAGAGCUACGCUCAGCAAGAGCACUAUCUGACACUUUCAGGGACUGAAAAAUACGUUCCUGGAACUUUCACACCCAAGUCAGACAUUUGGAGUAUUUCUUCAUAGCUCCCUGGAAAAAGUCACUCUCACUCUGACAAGCUCUGCUUUUCAGCACGAAUUAAAAGAAGGAGGAAAGAAAAAAAAGCGUGAAAGAAAAAAAAAAAAGGGCAGGCGGUGCCUGCCCGUAUUGCCACAGAAGCUGUAUUUCCUAUCGGUUUGGCGGAUAGACAGAAACAGAUUUCUGCUCUGUGACUAAACACGUCCGGUUUGAAGUUUCUAUCAAGUAAACAAGAGGGCUGAAGAAGCAGAAGGCGCUGCUGCCUGCCGCGGAGACGCUCCCAGCGCAGGCGGGCCGGGGCUCGGCCGGGCCGGGGCUGCGGGCGGCUCUGGGCACGGCGCGGCCGCGGCAGCGCUCGGCACCGCGACCCCGGCGGGCCGUUUAAAAGCCUCCUCCUUCCCGCCAUUUUGGACGCGUCCCCUACGAGGGGGGCACAGGGAAACUUCAGAAGUCCCUCAAGAGACCUGCUGGGGGUGGAGGGAAGGAAGAAAAGGGAAAGAAAAAAAGGCAAAACCGCCCCCAGCCAAACAAAAAACUAGUCCCGUUAUUAAGGAGAACAUGCGUAAGUUUUAUUCCGCGUUGAGGCGAGGGCUCGCAGCUGCGAGCACAUGCCCAGGGGCCGGACACCCACCGGGGUGCGGCUGCCCGCAGGCGGCGACCCCCGGCCCCGGCGGGACAAAGCGUUCUCCCGCCGCCGCCCCCGUCCCCCCGCGGCGGGGGGGCCGUCCCCAUGCCCAGCCCUGCCCGCUCCGGCCGCCAUGAGGCGAGGCAGCCCCGGCCUGCGCUCCCUCCCUCCCUGCCGGCCGCGCCGCCGCAGCGGCGGUGUCGGCGGGAGCGGCCGCCAUGGCGCAGGCUCCUGGCGGAGGAGGUCACCCGCCGCCGAGCCUCCUUCCAUUUUGUGCGCCGAGGAGCAGCCGGCCGCUCCCCACCCCCCCCGCCGCCACCACACCCCCCGCGGCCGGGCGGGGCGGCGAGCCCGGGCGGCGGGACCCCCAACGAGAGGGGCCGCGGCGGGGCCGGGCGGCGACCCCCGCCCGCGGGGGCGGCGGUGGCAGCGCAGCCCGGGCGGCGCGGAAUGGCCGCUGUGGCGUCGCCCGCUGCCGCCGCCGCGCAGAGAACAUGGCUCCUUCCUCCCUUCCCUUUGUAAAUGGCUUCAUCACCUGUAUGAACAACAUUCGGAAGACACUGGCUUUCUCCGUGAGCUCUUGGGUGACAAGGAGGAGUCCGCAGUAGUCAGGCAGCGCCCCCCAAGCUCUCAGCAGUGGUGCAGCGAGGGCCCGGCCUCGUCCCGGGCAUCCCGGUGCAGGGGCGCGCUGAGCUACACCUCCGCUGUCCUUCGCUGCUGCUGCUCCUCUGCUUUUUUACUGUCACGAGGCUGCUGUGCAGGACUAGCGAACAGGAGAAAUACCCUUAACAGAAGCUUCGCUGUUUACACUACUUUAUUGGUGCAAACAACGCUGGGAAGAGCGCUGCCGUGAAAAAUCCAAAACCACUGAUCUGCCUCGAAAGUCAGGGUCAGUGCACUUAGUGUAGUAACACAAACUUGAGUGAAGAGAGGUAUACAUUGGUCACAAAUAACCGGGUGUAAAUAGUUGAUUUUGAUAACUGCUUAGUUAUCAUGGUCUCUCAAAAUCUAUCCAUGGAGUUUCGGCAGGGUCUGACACACAAGAGAGAGCAAUGGUUUCGCAAGGCAUGGUACUUCAUGGAAGCCAAAGAUCAUUCUAAAUAAUGAUCCCUAUUCCAAAACUGCCUCAUUUGUGAAGAUGUGCUGGUAGACAUAAGACUGUGAUUCUGCUACCUGAAAUAAUGCAAAAAUACAUGCAUAAGAAGCAA